GCAGCCACGGGCUAUGUGUGCUGCUAUUGAACUUGAUAGGGUUUUAAUCAAACUUCUUAUUUCGGUGAGCGUCUCACUAGGAAUCUACCUCAUCUUCGCCUUUUUCCAGCUCAACAAAAGAAAAAAUCACUUUACUGCAGGUAGUCUAGAAGAGGAGAUCUUCACCACUGAAAACCCCAGUGAGACAAGAACUGAUAAGAAAAUGUUGCGAGGAUCUAAGCACCAUGAUGCCCAGACUCUGGGAAUUGGCAAAGCUAUUGCAGUACUUACAUCAGGAGGAGACGCUCAAGGGAUGAAUGCAGCUGUACGAGCGGUGGUGAGAGUGGGAAUUUACACAGGCGCCAAAGUCUUCUUUGUACAUGAGGGUUACCAAGGACUGGUCGAUGGAGGUGAGAACAUUCGAGAAGCCACUUGGGAAAGUGUCUCAAUGAUGUUGCAGUUGGGCGGUACAGUAAUAGGAAGUGCUAGAUGUCAGGAUUUCCGGAGCCGAGAGGGCCGCCUUAAGGCAGCAUGCAACCUAAUCAAAAACGGGAUUACCAAUCUUUGUGUCAUUGGUGGAGACGGCAGCUUGACCGGAGCAGAUACUUUCAGAGCAGAGUGGAGCGGACUGCUUGCUGACCUGGUUAAAGCAGGAAAAAUUACUUCUGAUGAAGCCGCCAAGUCUAGUUACCUAAAUAUUGUUGGGCUGGUAGGCUCCAUUGAUAAUGAUUUCUGUGGAACCGAUAUGACAAUCGGAACCGAUUCCGCUCUUCACAGAAUUAUGGAGAUAGUGGAUGCCAUUACUACAACAGCACAAAGUCACCAAAGGACCUUCGUCCUAGAAGUGAUGGGCCGGCACUGCGGGUAUUUGGCUUUGGUAACUGCACUUGCUUGUGGAGCAGAUUGGGUCUUUAUUCCAGAAUCCCCACCAGAAGAAAACUGGGAAGAACAUCUUUGCAGAAGACUGAGUGAGACCAGAGGCCGCGGAUCAAGGCUGAAUAUUAUAAUUGUUGCUGAAGGGGCCAUUGACCUGAAUGGUCAACCUAUCACAUCAGAGGAUGUUAAAAAACUAGUUGUGAAGAGUCUUGGCUAUGAUACAAGAGUCACCGUCCUAGGACAUGUCCAGCGUGGUGGAACACCUUCAGCCUUUGAUAGAAUUCUGGGAAGUCGCAUGGGAGUUGAAGCUGUGAUGGCCUUGUUGGAAGGAACACCAGAUACACCAGCUUGUGUGGUCAGUUUGUCUGGGAAUCAAGCAAUCCGCUUGCCUUUAAUGGAAUGUGUUCAAGUGACCAAGGAAGUGACGCAGGCUAUGAAUGAAAAGAGAUUUAAUGAAGCCCUUAAAUUAAGAGGAAGGAGCUUUGAAAACACCUGGAAUGUGUACAGGACACUGGCUCACAUACGACCACCCGACACCAAGAGCGGAUACAACCUGGCUGUGUUGAAUGUCGGAGCCCCUGCCGCUGGCAUGAAUGCUGCCGUGAGAGCCACUGUCAGAAUUGGCAUUAUCCAAGGGCACAGGAUGUUUGCUGUCCAUGAUGGAUUUGAGGGCCUUGCUAAAGGACAGAUUGAAGAAAUUGGAUGGGGAGGUGUUGGCGGAUGGACAGGACAAGGUGGUUCACGUCUUGGAACUAAAAGGGUGCUGCCUAAGAAAUACCUUGAAGAAAUCAGUGCCAAUAUAAGCAACUUCAACCUACAUGGACUGAUCAUUAUUGGGGGUUUUGAGGCCUUCACAGGCUCAUUGGAGCUGAUGGAAGCACGUUCCAAGUAUGAAGAGCUGUGUAUACCACUUGUUGUUAUUCCAGCCACUGUUUCAAACAAUGUACCUGGAUCAGACUUCAGCAUUGGGGCCGAUACAGCCCUUAACACAAUUACUACAACAUGCGAUCGGAUCAAGCAGUCAGCUGCUGGGACAAAGAGGAGAGUAUUCAUUAUUGAGACCAUGGGAGGAUACUGUGGAUAUUUAGCCACCAUGGCGGGCUUUGCUGCAGGUGCCGACGCUGCUUACAUCUAUGAAGAGUCAUUUUCUAUACAUGAUUUACAGGUAAAUGUUGAACAUCUCACAGAAAAAAUGAAGACUACAGUGAAAAGAGGCUUAAUUUUAAGGAAUGAAAAGUGCAGUGAAAAUUACACAACCGACUUUAUAUUUAAUUUGUAUUCAGAGGAAGGAAAGGGCAUCUUUGACAGUAGAAAAAAUGUUCUGGGUCACAUGCAGCAGGGGGGCACCCCUACACCAUUCGAUAGGAACUUUGGCACAAAAAUGGGUUCAAAGGCUGUGCUGUGGAUGACUGGAAAAGUGAAGGAGUGUUCCAGACAUGGUCGUAUAUUUGCCAAUACUGCCGAUUCAGCCUGCUUGUUGGGAAUGCGCAAAAGAAGUCUCGUGUUCCAGCCACUGGUGGACCUGAAGGUCGAAACAGAUUUUGAACAUCGUCUUCCCAAGCAGCAGUGGUGGUUAAAACUUCGCCCUAUCCUCAAGAUCUUGGCCAAAUACAACAUACACUUGGACACAUCUGAAACUGCACAUUUGGAACAUAUCACCAGGAAGACAUCUGGGGAGCCUCACAUCUAGUUGGACAGAAGAUGCAAGCACAAUACGGGGUCCUCAAACCCUCUGGAUUAUGGCCUGGGACUAGAGUGUACCAGUUACCUGUACAUGGUGUUGUGUUCUCAUUCUUACAGUGCUAGGAACACGUGUCAUGGUUAUUCAAUGGGCUAUAAAAAAUGUAACUAGCCAUAGACAUACAAUAGCUGGUGACCUAAUAAUUGUCCAGCAGUUACCCGUACAAGCCCUCAUUAUUUUUAGAUAGAUACACAGCUCCCGCUGACACUGCUUUUCUGGAGGGAAAGAAAGGAUUGGACAUGAACAUCCUAAGGUGCUUGAUUCAGAUUUUUUUUCAGACAUAAGGCUAAGGCUCCAUUCACACGUCCGUACUGUGUUUUGUGAAUCUACUUAUUCGUGGAUCUGCAAAACAAGGACACCGGCAAUGUGCGUUCCGCAUUUUGCGGACCGCACAUCGCCGGCACUAAUAGAAUAUGCCUAAUAGAAUAUGACAAGAAUAGGACAUGUUCUAUUUUUUUCGGGAACAGAAAUGAGGACCCGGAAGUGCGGCCCCAUAGAAAUGAAUGGGUCCGCAAUUCCGUUACCCUAUUUAAAUUGCGGACGUGUGAAUGGACCCUAAAGGUUUGACCAUACACCUCAGACAGCUGUCAGCUGACCCCCCCCCCCCCCCAUCAUAUGCAUACAUGCUUGGAUCAGCCAAGCAUGCAUGUGUUCUGACCGGAAAUAGGGAAGUAAGCUGCUGUCAGACACCUUUGUUCGGAGCUUAUCUCUCUAAGAACAAAGUGGGUAUGUUGAAAUGAAAAAGCUUGAUCCUUCUUUCCCCUGACAUUUGCUGGGCAUUGGGACACCUCAAUACACUUUAGAUCAUUGGUCCCACCAAAACUGGUGGUUUGAAUAACAUUAAUAUAAUGUGUAUGGCCACUCCAAACCCAUAGACAUCUGAUUGCAGAAUUUUUCAAUCACAGCGGUCAUCAUUACACGCCCUUGUCAGUUGAAAUUCAGAUUUUUCUAUUCAACAUUCGACCUCCCCCACUGUGUGUAGGUGAUGGGUACACUUUAAUGCCGUGCCUCAUGUAUUUAAUGUUAAAUUCAUUAUAUUUAUAGUACUUUUGUUCUCAGCAUGUAGGGUGACAAUUUUAAAAAUUAUGCCAAGACGUUAAAUACUCAACAUUUCACUUUCCUGUGACCACCCAGCCGAUCACAUACAAAUAACACACAGGGUUAACCAACAACUUGUGAGCAUCCAGUAGUAGAUUUCGGUCAUGUUAAAUCAAAUUCAGUAGAGAAUAUGGCCUGACAGCCAGUAACCUAACAUAUAAUAUAGAUUAAUGUAGUAACAAAGUUGUUCUGUACAAUUUUCCUGUUGGUCGUUGGGGGAAUAUAAAUAAUGAGUAGACGUCUUGUUUAGUAUGAAUAAAUUUAGGACUAAAGUAGAAAA